UCCAUAUAAAUUUGCGUAUCAUAUAUGGGAAAAAAUUAAUAUUUAAAUGAAAUAUUAUAAUGGAUUUAAUUUUACUGAUGUUUGUUUCAAAUGUAUAUAAAUUACACCUACCUUUUUAUGUUUCAGAUAAUAUUUUUAAAGUUUGGAUUAAAACAUUUCCUUUCGAUUAUCCUAUUUAGAUUUUUGCGAUAAUGUUGAAGAUUUAAAUAACUGUAACUCUGUU